GGCGCCCGAGCCUUGGGCAUCGCGCCGGGAAGGCGAGUCAGGUCUCUCACGCCCCCCACCUGGCCGUGUGACCAGACGGUCCGGCCCUUCCGCAGCGGUUGCGGGCGGUAUAUAAGGCGCGAGGUCCGGGCCCCGUUCGGCUUUGGGCGUUAGCAUCGUCCGCGCGCGCUGUUCCGCCCCCAGAUUUGGCAUCCUACACUGAGAUCAUCAUGAAGUUUUUCCAAAUGCUGAGGAAAAAGAAGGAACUUAUUCCUUUGGUGCUGUUCAUGACAGUGGCCGCGAGUGGAGCUUCGUCUUUUGCCGUAUAUUCCCUUAGAAAAACUGAUCUUAUAACAAUCAACCAAGAAUGGAAGCCCAUUGAAGAGUUGCAGAAGGCCCGAAAGGCAACCAGAUGACCAGUCUUCACUUCUUCCUUCCCUAGAGUGCUCUAUGAAUCUAGUGGAAACACUUCUGCACAAACUAGAUUAUGGAUACCAUUGUGCGGAAAUGCUUCUGCUACAUUUUUAGGGCUUGCCUACAUUUUUGGACUCUGGCUAAGGAAUUAUAAAGUUAGUGCAGCAAUAACCACAUAGUCUAAAAAUAAGUUUCUUGUAAUUUGAAUUUUGCAUAUUGAAAUUUUUAUGUUUAUAUGCUUGAAUAUUUUCCUUAAAGUGCAUAAAGAUUUAUAAAUUAGAUUAUCUAUAAUAAAAUAGCCAUUUGUGCAAGAUUUCUUAAAGGUUAGAUACAUAUUUAAAUGGAGAAGAAAGUCUUUUUAUGGGAGAAAGACACAUUUUAAAGCAUAAAGCUUCAUGUUUUAAUUACUACCCAGUGCACAUUUCUAUGUAAACUUUUCUUCCAAGUUCAUUCAUUCACCAGGAAUUUGUUGAGCACCUAUUGUUAGCUAGGCACUGUUCAAGUGCAGGUGAGAUAAAGCAAAACCAAAUUUUGGAGGGGGAUGAGUAAAAGAUGGUAAGUACAAUGAGGACAAUGAAGAAGAGAUGGGGCACUAGGCUUGCAUGAGGAGUUCUUGGAGGAAAUGCUGGGAAUCUGGUGGUGAAUAGGAACGUGGGGCGUGCUGAGGUUGGCCCUACAGAUACCAAGGCUAAGAGUGGUGCUUCUGUGAGGGAGUGGAAGGGAGGGUAGAGAGCACCCUACAGAGUCUGGGGCCCCUCCUCACUCUGGCCAGUGAUGACUUGGAGACUGAAGGGGCAGUCAAACGCAGCGUGCCUCUGGGCUUCCCUUUAACUGUUCUAGGAAAUUGCUUUUCCUUAACUUGUUUUUAAAAAUUGAGAUAUAAUUCACACACCAUAGUAUUCAUCCAUUUCAAGUGCACGGUUCAGUGGUUUUCAGUGUAUUCACAGAGUUUUACAACCAUCUCCACCAUCUAAUUGCAGAACACUUUCAUCACCCCGAAAAGAACCCUGUACCCAUUAGCAGCCAUUCCUCAUUCCUGACCCCUCUGCACUCAGCCUCGGACAAACACCAAUAAACUUUGUCUUUAUGGAUUUGCCUAUUCUGGAUAUUUCAUAAACAUGGAAUUAUGUAUUA